GUUUGUGAUCACAGACUGGUGUUGACGAAACGAAAUCUAAUAUUAUUGUGAAUUUGAGACGAGUUAUUAAUUAUAAUGUCGUAAAAUUCAAAUAAACAGUUACAUGUAACACAGUGUAAUUGUUGUUAUUCAUUAAAUUAUUACCAGAUGCACAUUCGAAAAUGUAUUUCCCGAUAGGAUGGCCAAAAGUUUUACAAAAUUUGGGUAAUGAUGCACAGUUCAGACAAAUUGUGUCUAAUAGAGAUAAAAUCUUAUUCGCGUCGCUUAGUGAAGAUUGUUUUGUGGUCUGGUUUUGCAAGCCCAGCGUGCCAAUAGUUUACCACCAACGAAGUGUUGAGUCACUGCAGAGGUUGGGUGUCAAUGUUGGGGUGGAAUGGAAACCAGACUCAUCAAUGAUAUGCAUUUCGACAUCAGAGGGCCAUUUAAUUUUAUACAAUGUGGAGGCUCAGAGUGAUCAGACAGCAUAUCAGCAAUGUGACCCACCCAUGGCGAGCUUGAGGAGAGAUUCAGCAGAGCUUUUUGUGAAGGAAGUUAUACCAUCACUUAAAAUCACUAUUUUCAAAGAAAUCCUAGUAUGGGACGGGCAGAUAACUAGGAUGUGUUGUAUAUCAGGCACAGAGAUACUUGUCUGCACCACAAGAGCUCACUUGCUCAGGUAUCGCUGGGAUGGCACGCAGAACCGUGACUAUUGCCUCGACCUUGGCCGGAUACCUUUCUCCAUCAACCAGCAAGUUUCUAAAGCGGAGCCUAUACUAGAAGACAACACCCACGUCAACGAUAUUGAGUACUCUCCCCUGGUGUGUGGGUUCGGUAUAACACUCAAUGAUGGCAGGGCUGCUUAUCUCACUGCACCGAAUCUCAAAUUUGAUCCUAAUGCCGUCCAAGGCAUCUGGGCGCAAGGGAUCGACGACGCGACGUGCGUUCGUGUCAACCAUAAGUUUAGGCUGAUAGCUAUUGGAAGGAAAAAUUCUCAGGUGGACGUGUUUACGAUAGACGAGGCGACAGGCGGGCUGGAGUUGUCGCAUACGAUGGUGCUCAGUUCCAAGGACUUCCCCGGCGACCCGGGGCCGGUCAAAUGUUUGAGGUGGACAGGCGACGGGCGGGCGGUGGCUGUGAGCUGGGAGGGCGGCGGCGUGUCGGUGUGGAGCACGUUCGGCGCGCUGCUGAUGUGCUCGCUGGCGUGGGACUACGGCCUCAGUCAGGACUUGGCGCGGCACAAUCCGCUCGUUGUUUGCAGUAUGGAAUGGGCUACAGAAGGAUAUCAAUUGUGGAUGGUGAAGUUGGAAGAAGAUAUGACGUCCAAUUUAAUACAAAUGGACUUUGUCAAAAGUCCACUCAGCGUAAACCCUGGCAUGAGCAACCAAAGGCAUUUAUACCUUCAAGCUGACGACAAGUUAUACGUGAACCUCGACGAUAAUCUUACACGGAGGACGAAAAUCUCUAUCAUCGACUCCUCAUCAGAUACUUAUCAGGAGAACGGCUUAGACCAGCCCUUGGAGUAUGACAGCAGUGCUAAGUAUAAGGAGAUUGUAGACGACAAUGAAUGCAGGAAGCAGUGGAUUGUGUUGCAGCUGCCAGCUACUUACAUUGCGAGCAAUUGGCCUUUACGAUUCAGUGCGGUGGAUGCGAGCGGACAGUUCGUGUGCGUGGCGGGGCGCGCCGGGCUUACGCACUACAGCUGCGCCGCGCGGCGCUGGAAGUUGUUCGGCAACGAGGCGCACGAGCGCGGCUUCGUGGUCACCGCCGGCGUACUUUGGUGGCGUGACUACAUCGUCGUAGGUUGUUACAACAUACUGGAAGGACACGACGAGAUUCGCUUCUACCCUCGAGACGCGAAACUCGACAACCGUUUCGCGAAGGUGGUCCGCGUGCAGGCGCAGGUGUUUGUGCUGGACACGCUUGACGACCAGCUGGUCGUGUUCGGUGCUGAUGCGCUCGUCACCAUCUACGAGCUCAACAGGGUCGAUAAUAAAGGCAACGUGGAGGUGCGCUGCGUGCAAGCGGUGGACAUAUCGGCGCUGUCGCACCCCGCGUGCGUGGUGUCCGCGUCGCUGUGCAGGCUGCAGGAGCCCUCGCCCGCGCACUUGGCGCGCACCGACCAGCCCGCCGCGCCGCACUCACUGGUAAUCAAUGCAAGCGGUAAGCUCAUGAUGGUGCAAAGGGAGGAGUAUGACGUGGAUGAAGACAACAAUCCCGCUUACAGCUGUCUACCGGCCACAGUGCUGGCGUCUUGCGUGGAGAGCGUGUGGUCAGGCAGCGGCACCGGCGCCCAGACCCAACUGUCGCGAGCGCUGUGGCUGUGGUGCGGGGUGCUGGGCGCCAGGGUGUGGCUGCCGCUCAUAUCGCGAGAAGCGACUCGUCGUACCGACCCUUCGAGACACACCUUUAUGGCUAAGAGGAUCAUGCUGCCUUUCCACCUCGAUAUAUACCCGUUGACUAUCCUUUUCGACGACGCAAUCCUACUGGGAGUAGAGAAUGACACUACCCUGUAUGCAUCUGAUUCAAAUUCCGUCUUCUCGUUGCCAUUUUGCGUCAUAAAUAGAACGAGCCAAGUAUACCUGCAUCAGAUACUCCGUCAACUUCUACGUCGCAACCUUGGCUACCACGCGUGGGAGAUAGCUCGCUCGUGCUCUCAGCUGCCGUACUUCCCGCACUCCCUGGAGUUGUUGCUGCACGAGGUGCUGGAGGAAGAGGCCACCAGCAAGGAGCCCAUCCCAGACGCACAGCUGCCGAGUGUCAUCGAGUUCGUACACGAGUUUCCCGUCUAUCUACAGACAGUCGUCCAAUGCGCGCGCAAAACAGAGAUAGCUCUAUGGGCGUAUCUGUUCUCCGCCGCCGGCAAGCCCAAAGAGCUGUUCCAAGAAUGCCUGCAGAGGAAGAUGCUCGACACAGCCGCAUCUUACCUUAUCAUUUUACAGAAUUUAGAAAGUUCUACAGUAAGCAGACAGCUGGCUACGCAGUUGUUAGACACCGCGCUGCAGCAGGAGCGCUGGGACCUGGCCAGAGACCUCGUACGCUUCUUGAGAGCUAUUGAUCCAAAUGAUGUAGAUUCUCCGAGAAACUCAGUUAACGUACAACAGAAGUACGGACAAGUUGUCCAGUCGCAAACUGUCAGCCCGAACGCUGAAGAUUUGUCGGUUAUAUUGGGAAGUAUGCAGUUGGCCGGAGGGCGGGGCCGUAGCUUCAGCACCACAGCGGCGCCGCGCGAGCCUUCCCCUCCUGCGAACAGCACCGCCGCGCCCGCCCCGCGUCGUACUGCCGCCGCCACCGCAGCCGUCAAGAGGAAAAAGUCAGUGCCUGCAAGAAGUGAUAGAGAAUCGUACAGCGGUACAGCGGAGGAGUUCUUCAUCGACAUGAUGAUACAGAGGCACGCUCGCCUGUUGCUGUCGACGGCGCGGCUGGUGGCGCUGGGGCGGUUGGCCGCCGCGCUCGACCUGCACCUGGUGGCGUGGUUGGCGGGCGAGCGCGAGCGGGCGGCGCGCGUCGACAGCGCCGUGCUGUGCCUCAAGCGGCUGCACGAGGACUUCAGCUGGCCGUACCCCGCGCUCAGCGAGGAGGAGCACGCUCAGAGGAAGAGUAGCGUUGUUCCCGCGCCGUACACCGGCAACGCGGAGUCGGACAGCCAGUGCGGCGACAGCGGCUACGUGUCGCUGUCCCUGCGCGCCGUGCUGCCGCUGGCUGCGGGCGCGCCGCUCUCGCCUGCGCCCUUGAGUUCUGUGGGCGAGGGCAGCGUGGCGGAGGGCGGCGCGGUGGCGUGGGGCGGCGCGCUGGCGGAGGGCGAGGGCGGCGCGGACGCGGGCGAGGAGCGGCGCUACGCGGCCCUCAUGGAGCGCCUGCACCACCACCAGGCGGAGCGCGGGGACCACACCGCGCACGUGCAGCUGCGCUACUAUCUGCAGCUGAUGACGGAGGCGAGCUGCGUGGAGUGGGCGCUGGUGGUGGCGGUGGCGCUGCGCGACGCGCUGGCCGUGCUGCGCUGCGCCAACGCGGCGCGCGGGCCCGACGUCAGCCUGCCCGCCGUGCGCCGCCUGCGCGCCGCGCUGCUCGACCUGCACGCGUGGACGGACGCCGAGUGCAUCGGCUACAAGCCAUUCAUGAUGGCGAUCAGCAACCAAAUCCCGAUCCUAACGUCGAUAAUAAACACGCGGGAGCGGCGCGCCUCCAUGGCGGUGAGUCGAGCGCGAACACCCAGCACCACCUCGCUGCCGGAACAGAAGCAAACCCCCCAGGAACCUAGGCUCCCUCCCCCGCAGAAAGCUCAGGAAGUAUCCAAGCAGUCGGUAAGGAAAGACUCUCCUAUAACCAUGCCAGAAGUUCAGACGGAACCAAUCGUCAGGCCUUCUUUCCCGCCGCGAGAGGAAACCGCGUCUAAUUGUGCCAUAAUGUAGGCUUUUUAUACAAUUUUUUAAGGUGUUGUAUACAUCUGGGUAUAGGGUGUUUAGAAAUUAGUUGAGGUCUUUACAUGAAUUAAAUUUUUACAGAGACAUGCUGAAUGAUGGCAUUCGUUGAUCGUUGCAAUACAGUUAUUAGUCCAAUUCUAUCCAAUACUAAAUUAGAAGUUAUUGCCCGUUUUUUACACCAUUCAACUACACAAAAAGAUAUUAUUAAAAGCUCUUUAACCGACGAACACGAUUAGAACUAUGAAACAUCGAUUCUAUAGAGACUGUUUUUAUAAUCGCAAGUCCUUAUCUAAUUUUGUUUUGUUCUUCCCUCAAUGUUCCCUCAAAGUUGUACCCACAACAUUCUAGCUGAGUCGGAUCCAUUUUAUUGGCACAACACAUUUAAUUCUAUAUUAUUUAUAAAUUUAUAUUUAUAAGUAUCACGAUGUGUAUUAGUUUUAAGUUUUCAAUGUGCUGUGUUAACAAAUGAAAAUUUUCUAUUCUAUUCUAAUUACUCUGAGUCAAACGUCAACCAAGCUCGCAGACUUUGACUAUACGCGCUGUAUAGUCAAAAUCUAGUCAUCGGAUAUUUAUGUUUUGUCUAUAAACUGUGUUUUGCAAAAAUGUUGCUGUAAAAAUUUGAUACGUGUAAAGGAUGUUGCAAUUUUUAUUAAUCGUAUCGUAUUCGUAUCGUAUGCGAUAUAAAUAGAUAAGACAAGAUGAAUUUGUACGUGUUUUACUAAUGGAAUUUUAUUGUUGUGAAUAAUUAAGAAAUUUAUAAUUGGUUUUGAAUUUUUUAAUAGUAUUGAUAAAAAUUAAUAAUAUGACAUUUCUAUUAAUAAAAUCUUUAUAACAUUUAUUACCUCUGGUACAGGUUAUUUUUCCUUAUUUUCCAUUUAGUUUUUUCAGUAUUUCUUGUCUCUUCUAUUGAUUCUUAGCUCAAUUUCUUUUACAACAACAAUGUAAAUUAUUAUAUUAUUUCUCUAAUAAUUCUUGUAGUUAUUUUCUUUCAUAAAAUAAUCGGUACUUAUAAACUACAUUAGUGUAUGUUAAUUAUUGAAUAUAGUGAUUAGUUAUAAAUUAUGUAAUAUCUCAUAUGUUCAUAAGAAUUAGUAGAUAAUUAAGUAGAUUAAUAAAUACGUUUGUCUUCCCGGUCGCUAUUAUAAUAUCAAUUUUAACAUUAUUGUCAUCGGAUCAUCGAUCUUGUAUUAAAAAGUGGAUGCCCAAUCAGCGUCCAAAGAACGUCCCCACUCAAUGAGUGCCAAACACAACUUCUUGGCACUCAAUUCAAGUAGUCGCAUUUGGAAAUUCAACCUUAAACUCAAUUCUUAAGGUUGAAUUUGCUCUGAAUUUGGGAUUUUAUUGAAUAUUGGAUUAUAUUUCUAAAACUGUCAAAGCAAAAUUGGCCAGUUUUUAAGUGAAAUUUUCUACAUGACUGUGCGUCCUUUUAUUAUAAGAGAUCGAUGCAUCGGAUUUAUAAAGUUGUCUGUAAGUAAGAUGUUCGAUCUGUUAUCUCUCGAUAAAACCUCACCAUGUAUGUGUUUUCUUGUAUUACAGUCUCACUAAUUCGGCAUUAAUAAAAAAGGGGAUGCCGUGUUAUUACAGUUUUCUAUGAUCAAUUCAAGAUGCACUUCAAUAAAUACAUAUCUCUGAAUUUUUCAUGACUAGAGUAUGGUGUCGGAUUAUUGGAUGUGAUCAGUGGCGUGCACAGGAUUUUUAACUAGGAUAUGCACUACAUACUAAAUGGAAAAUUCCUUCUCCAACACAGAUUCGUACCGAGUCCUCAAGGAAAGCAGUGCUUUUUUGCAUAUAUGAAGUGCACGCCACAGGAUGUGAUGGACUAUUGUAGAGUUUAUUAAAAUGCUGGAAUUGGUGAGAUUUUAAUUACAAUUUAUUUAACCACGAGCUGCUUAAAUGACAAGUAAGUCUCGAACUUAUGUUUUAAUUACUGUUCAAUUACAAUAAUUAAUUUAUUAAUCACAUAAUCUAUCACUUUAAAACACCUCUUUCCUUUGAGACAGCGAGCAUAAGUCGCGCUUGGUUUAUCGGUUUUCUCCGAUUGUCUUAAAUGUUGCCAGUAUUCUUAUACAUAAAAAUAUUUGGCAAACAUUGGUACGCUAAGUUUAGACGAAAAACGAGUAAUGCCGGUGUAAUUUAUAAAAAAAGAGUGAAACUGCUUAUCUUAAAUCACAGUAACGAGCCAAUUCUUUACUCCAUUUCCUUUUACUUUUUAAAACAUAUCACCUAUUUAUAUUCCUAAUAUUAUAGAAUGAAGAUCGAAUACUACACUAUACUUAGUACAUCUUGAAUUUUGACUAAUGUGUUUUUACAUAGGCAAUGUGUCAAUAACUUUAUACCUACUACUGUUUUUCAUACAUAAUUAUAAUAGUGUAAUAGACGUUAACGAAGUAGAAUAUCAGUAACUUACGUCCAUAGGUGUUAGUAUUAUAGCAACAGACAUACAUACCUACUAUAUGGCGAACAUCAACGUAAAGAAACGAAUCAUAAAACCAUAUUAUGGAAAAAUAAUACCAUCUCAAUCAAUGUGUUCAAAUCAAUUAUUUAUUAGGUGCCAGUAUUUGUUUUUUGCUUGCUUUCUUUCUUACGAUUUUAUUGCUCAUCUGAAACUGCCUACCAUUGUUGGUGGGUCGACCCCCUCCCCCCCCUAUAUCUGGGAUUAUCAAUAUUUCCAAGGACAAUGACGUCACUGGAAUGAUGCCAUAAAUAACUCAACAAGCAAACCUACAAACAUCGCUGAUAAUUUCAGAAUCCUCUUUGCUUAGUAUAAUUUUAAAAUAUCCAAUGCAAUGCAGUUUAUCAUCGAAGUGGAUUGUGAUUGGUUAAAAAUAAAUAGAUAAUAAUAAUUUUUUGAUUAUUUAUUACGUGAUUAAUCACGAAUACUAAUAAAUUAAUUUCUAUUAUUCAUGAAACUGUUGUUUGCUGUCACUUCGUUGAUCGAUGCUGACCUUUGGUGAGAAGAUUAUCGGUCACUUUAAAAAACAUAUCUCAGGAUAUUAUAAUAAAAAUAGAACUAUGUUAAAUAACAUUAUUUUAAGAAACGAAGCAGCUACAAAAUGCGUAGCUACAUGUUUUUUUAAAAGGAAUUUAUCGAAAUAGUAGUAAAUGUUUAUUUAUAACACAUGAAAUAUCACUGUCAUAGUAAUACAAUGAACCUUUUGCAUUGCUCAAUACUAUAAUCUCAUGUAGUACAUUGAUUCUCACCGAAACAAAUUCCCGCCAUUUUGGUGCCAAGUUAAUGAUUUAGUAAAACCCAUUGGAGUCUAUAUUAUGACACUAUACUGUACUGUACUGAGCUUUUAUAGGUAUUUUGCCCAGAAAAGGAAUCCAUAUCUAUAUGUAAGAAUUAUGGAAUUAUUUAUGGAAUAUUAAAGAAGAGUCCCUACUCUCCAUAAUUUUUAUUUAUAUUUGUUUACCUCCAAUAGUUUUCAUUGUAUGAGUAUAAAAUAAAUUCAAAAAGGUCCAAUUUAGAUUGGAAUUACAGUUCUGGUAUAUUCAGAAAAGGAAUUCUAUUGUAAACUAUUUCCUAGAGCUACAGAAUUUCGUUUAGUACAAAAAUUAAUUUUAAUAUCCUUAAUUAUUGUGACCAUAAUAUUAUAGCGAUAUUAAUAUACUGUUAGUUUAAUAUUUAUUAACAAUUUAAUUUAUAAGUAAACUAUUAGUAAAUAAAAUAUAGAUCUAGUUUAAUUUAUCGUUAAACCAAUUAAUUUAAUUAAUAAAUUGAGGUAACUAAUAUUUUUAUUAUUUCUUCGAAAGCGUUAUAGUAGUAAAAUAUUUUAAUUAUAUUAUAAUUAAUGUUAUAAUAAUUUUCUCGUAUUUUAAACUAACUUUGAAUCGAGAUCUGAAAAUCUGAGAAAUUUAUAACAUAAUUGUUAAGUAUUAGUAAAAUUAAAAUCUUAUAGAAAUAACAUCAAUUGUUCAUAUUGUCAGUGCUGGUUCGUAGGAAAACUAAAAUUAAAUUUUACAUAUUUAUGUAGAAUUCAUUUUUAAUUUUAACCCAAGCCCGCCGACCUGCAUUAUUAGUACCGUGGUGAGCAUCAUAUCCCCUCCUAUAAGUAGAAAGUCCAGGGCCUGUAGCCAAGUGGCACAUCGAUUCUCUUUUAAUGAUCGCAAACGCUACGAAAAUUAAAAAAUGUGUGAGAAUGACUUUUGAUUUUAAACUUAUUUCGUGGUUGUUCAUUAUGAUUGUUAUUUAAACGGGUACACACCACGAUAAAAAGACAAGAUUUUUAAUGUCGAUAUUUUGACCCAGUUGCAUGGAUCGUGGUCACGACCAAAGAUUACAGUGUAUUAUUGGAAAUAGAUAGGCUACUCGAACUUUUUUCGGAACGAAUGUGAUAGCGCCAUCUAGUGACUAGAUACGGUAUUUUUAGUAUAGUAAAAAGCAUAAAAAUAAUAAUGCAUAUUUUUUGUAAAAGAGAGACAUUUUUGAUUUUGUAAUAGUUGAAGAAACCAAUUGAGAAAAACAAAAAAAAAUUAUUUAUUUUUUAUUUUAUUUUAUUAGGAUUAUUAUAUUGUACCUUUGUUAUGCACCACUAGGCCAAAUGACUAUGUGGAAAAUCGUUGAAAUUAAUGUACACUUACUGUUUUUCUUUAAUAAUCCCUUUGCUUUAGAAAUACAAACACAUUCUUUCUAUUACGCGUCAAAAUUAAAAGGAUAAAUAAUUCUUUUGUUUCCGUACUUACACGGGUUUAAUCUCUAAAAACAUUCUAGUACGUACACAUCUAUGUAAUUGUAUUUACUAUCCUGGAAUCUUUAAUCUAGGAUGUAGAUGGCGCUGCUUCAUAAAGAUUUCACGUUCUUCUAAGUUCCCAUGGCAUGGUCACGACGGAACUGAAGUUGCGAGAUGAUAAGUGAAGUCAGCUGUUAGGGGCAGAAUCGAUCUACCCUCUUUCUCGUUCUUUUUCAUUUUUCAACAACCUCGCGUUUUUGGCUGUUUAGGCAAACCACACUCACGACAUCGCUUUUGUUAUUAUGCGUAUCACGGCGCCCUCUUGGUUUGCACAAUUCUACCACCGUGUUCCACUCGCACGAUCCAUGCAACUGGGUCGAAAUAUCGACAUUAAAAAUCUCGUCUUUUUAUCGUGGUAUGUACCCGUUUAAAUAACAUUCAGAAUGACUUUUGCUAUCGACAGGUCACAUCAAGUUGUCGAUCGCAUCUGUUAUUGACAUGCAUUUUUUAAUCUUCGAAGCGUUUGUGUUUUGCGAUUAUAAAAAGAGAAUCGACGUGCCACUUGGCUACAGACUCUGGUCUUCUAGUGGACCAGUAAAUACAAAACGAUCACUAAUCAGAUAUUAAUUUAUAAUACUGUUCCAAGCUUGUUGGUGUCACACCACCAACUUAAUUUUUUUUCGAUGCGAAAUCGUUACCACAGUGUUAGUGGUAAUACCACUUAAUAUAUUUUCUAAGUUUAAAUGUCUUUAACGAUUUAGCAUUCUUUACAUCCUUUCACUUUCAUUCGAAAAACUUUAUUUGACAACAAUCUAAUCAUUUAUACUUAAGAUAGUUCUUGACAAUUUUUCCUUUUGUAAUUUAGACUGUGGACUACUGAUGUAAUUUUUUUUACUCAUGGAUAUGACAUAUAAGAACAUUACAGGAUAUUACAUUCCACUUUUAUUUAGAGUGUACGUAUAGGUAAAUACACAUAGCAAUAAUUAAAUAACGAAGUAUAAGUAAUGUAAUAAUAUUAAUACUUGUUAUUAGAGUCAAUUAAAGUUGUGUAUACAGUACUGUUAAUACUCGAACCGUCAUUGUAUUGGUUUCAGGCAUCGAUCGUAGAUCGUUAGAUGGGCCUCAAAGCGUCGCGGAAUUGUCAUUGGUUUCGCACAUUGAAUACGUCAUCACUCGUAACACAUUUCUCUUUAUUCAUGUUGUGGCUUGUGUUUGUUGUCCAAAAUGAAUACGAAGGUAUAAUUAAGGGAUUAAAAUAAGAAAAAAACUAAAUAUUUUGUUAAGUCCACGUCCACUUACAGCAUGCGCUUGUUACGUACUAAGAUAAGAUGUGCGUGCACAUUUUUGGGUAAUGACAUAAAAUUGUGCGUUCUUUAAUAAGUAGGGGUCCAUCUAACGAUUUAUAUCGAUGGUUUCAGGUGCUAAUAAAUUUAAUACCGAAUGCAAAAUCCAUUUAUUUUGUGGUAUUCCAUGCUUUUUAUAAGUACUUUGAAUUAUGGUUAUUCAAAGUAUUUAUUAAGUAUUGUAAUAAGUAUGUAUGAGAAGCAUUAAUUACUGUAAUUUUGAACUAAAUUUAUAAAAAAUUUCCAAUGUAUAUAGUAAAUUGUUUGGUAAAGAUUAUUUACUUAAAAUAAAAUGAAAAAUAAUUAUGAACAUCAAGACUCGACGCAGUUGCAAUGAAAACUCUUAGAAAUACAUUUUCAUUUAUUUUUCGUUAUAAGUAAUGAAAUAUUAUCGACGCUUGCAAACAUUCUCAAUAUUACUUAUAUGAGUCGCAGGCAGACUUAUAAACUGGACACUAGGCGUAAGGCUGGAUAUAGUCGUUUUCCGAAUCCGUUUUCCGUGUUCUGAAAACCAAAUGCAAGAAAUCAAUCUAUACUAAUAUUAUAAAGAGGUAAAGUUUGUAAGUUUGUAAGUUUGUAAGUUUGUAAGUUUGUAACAAUUUUUUGAAAUGGGGUAAUCUUCGGAACUACUGGACCGAUUUUAAAAAUUCUUUCACCAGUAGAAUGCUACUUUAUCGGGGAGUGCUAUAGGCUAUAUUUUAUAUUUCUAUCAUAUAUAACUACUGAGAUAUCGCGGGUUUUCUCUUACAGGUCAGACUGAAAAACUUACUUAUUCGCAUGCGCUGCCUCAACCAUUGCGUAUAACUGAAAUAAAUGUAUGGAGGCUUUUUAAACCUUUAAAAGUUCUACAAAAAAGUCCGCGACACCAUAUAUCUAUCUUUUAUAUUUUAGCAGAUAUAGUACCUUUAGUACUUUAAUAAAUUAUUUAAAUUUUAAACUAAGGUUUACGUCAUUAUUUACACAACUAAACUUAAAUCCUUAUCAAAAUAAAUGAUUUAAUAAUCACAAGGAUAUUAUAGAGAUAAGAUUUGCCUUUUACAGUAUGUUAAUUAGUUAUAUAGUUUCGGAGAUAAUACAAAAUUUCUGAAAGUCGCAGAAAUGCCGCUAUAUGACGCCCCGCGGUUUCAAUUACGUGGUUCCCGUUCCCGUAUGAAUAUGAGGACCAAACAUAGCCUAUGAUACUCGCAAAUAAUGUAGCUUUCUAUUGGUAAAAGAAUUUUCCAAAUCCACCACGCACAAAAGGCUGGACCAAUUUUGCUGAGGGUAGGGAUAGGAUAGAGGUAGGGAAAGGGUAGGAUAGAGGUAAUGUAGGGGUAAUUUAGGGAAAGUGUAGGGUAGGGUAGGGUACGGAUAAUGUAGGGGUAGUGUAGGGCAGGGGCAAGGUAGAGAGAUAGGGGAAGGAUAUGGAACGUAUAGGGUAGGGGAGGAGUAGGAUAGGGGUAGGGUAGGGUAGGGGUAGGGUACGGGUAGGGUAGGGUUAGAGUAGGGAUAAGGUAGGGGUAGGGAAGGGUUAGGGUUAGCGGUAGGGUAGGAGUAAGGUAGGGGUAGGGUAGGGGUAGAUUAGGGGUAGGGUAGGAUAGGGUAUGGAUAGGUUACGGGUAGGGUUAGGGUAGGGUAAGGUGGGGGGAGGGAAGGGUUAGCGUUAGCGGUAGGGUAGGGUAAAAUAGGGGUAGGGUAGGGUAGGGUUGGGUAGGGUUGGGUAGGUUUACGAGCAGGGUAAGGUAGAGGUAGAGAAGUUUACAUCAAUUUUUACGCGGACGAAGUCGCGGGCGUCCGCUAGUAUAAAAUACAUUGAAUGACGCACAUGUACGUAUGUUCUGAACGGAACAAAUUCCGCAAGUACGUAACGAUUGCGAGUUUUUGCGACAAUAUACAUUCCGAAUGAAUAAAAACGUCGGCGGUAGUCUCGCGUAAACGUAAUUCCAAAUCUAAAUUGUGCAUUACAAUAACGGAUACGGAAAAGGUAUGUAUGCGGCCGGCCUAAUGUUGUUAUGAUACCUGCGUUAGGCAUGUUGCAACUUUAGAGCGAAUUGGAAGUAUGGCGCAUAUAAUUAAAGAUCUUGUUGUAAGGUCAGUAGGGCUAUUCUGUAACGAUGUCUUGUAGGACUCGUAAGUGCGAGUUCCGAAUUCGCCUCUCUCUCACUCUGUCUAACACGAUACUAUAGAAAGAGAACGAUAGAUCUGAAUUCUUAACUUACACUUAUGAGUUAUACAAAACAUUCUUACAGAGUAGGUACCUAAUGUUCAAUUUUAACUGUAUUGAGUGAACCUCCUAUUCCUCUAGAACAAUAGAAACGGGAUUUAUAGCUAGUUGUCCAAACAUCAAUACACACUUUCAGCAAUUUCCAAUAUCCUGUCUGAAAUCGGUGAAGAUGCUUAGCAUUGGCGUAACUAUAAGGUGACAGCUGGCAAAAUGCUACGGGCCCAUAGCCGAAUGGGCCCCGAGCCUUAUUCCUAUCAUUGAAAAAAAUUCAAUUUCUGGGCCCAUCCAUAAAUUCGCUACAGGCCUCAGAUGAUAUACGAGUAGUUACGCCACUGAUGCUUAGCUGAUAUUAUUUAGCAAUAAAAGCUAUAUAAAUAAUGUUCCUGCAGCCUAUAAAAUAUCUUGGCAUACAAAUUGUUUUUUAAAUAUAUUAAUUUAAAACUAUAAAAUAUAUAAAUUCGUUAGCUGUGAGUAAUCAUUUAAAUUUUUUAUAUGAAACAUUUAGAUAAUUAAAAAUAUUGAAAACAUUUCGUCUUGUUUGUUGUAACAACAAAUUCUACAAAAUGUUCUAUAAAUACUAAAUUGGAUGAUAAAUAAUAUGUAAAGAAAAGAAUUGUAAAUUGAAUAGUCAAUUGAUGUUGAUAAAUAAAUGAACUUUUGUAUUCA